GAGAGCAGGAAAAAGGGAAGAAAGAAGAGAGAGAAAGCUCGGAAGAAAGGGAAGAGAGAGAAGGGGGAGCUCUCUGGGCAUGGAAGGCCUGGCCAUGCUUAGGCAGCUCAUCGGUCAGCUUCAAGAGCUUUUGCAAUUCUAUCACUCCCAUCCUCCUCCACCUCCGCCACCGCCGGCGCACCAUCAACUGCCUCUCACCCUAGCUUCUGCUCACCAAAGGUGGUGCUUCAAAGAUAUUGAUGAUAACUCUGCAGAUGAUUUUUAUGGUCUUGUAAUUGCGGCUGGUAGAUCAGGAAAUUGUCGGAUGACCGAAGCUUGUGUGCUUCCACCUGUUAAAAAACCAAGAAAGGAACGGAACCGAGGAAAAUUGUCUGGAUCAGCAGCUGCAACUGAGGCGAUGGAUGAAGAAAUGUGGAAAGAUUUCCCAGAAGACCUUUUUGAAGCUGUCAUUGCAAGACUUCCCAUUGCUACAUUCUUCCGCUUUCGUGCUGUUUGCCAAAAAUGGAACUCGCUGCUAAACUCUGAAACUUUUGCUCUUUACCGUGCUCAAAUCCCGCAAACUACCCCCUGGUUCUACACCAUUACUCAUGACAUGGUUAGUUCGGGAGCCAUAUACGACCCUUCUUCCAACAAAUGGUACCAUCCAUCCAUUUCAUCUCAGCCUGUUAGAUUACUCGUCCUGCCUGUUGCAUCUGCUGGAGGGCUUGUGUGCUUGCUUGAUUUCAGUCAUAAGAACUUCUUUGUAUGCAAUCCUCUAACCCGAUCUUUUAAAGAGUUGCCAGCUAGAUCAGUUGAAGUGUGGUCUCGUGUUGCAGUAGGGAUGACUCUAAAUGGAAGUUCGGCCAGUGGGGGCUACAAGAUCUUAUGUCUGGGCUGUGAUGGAGAGUAUGAGGUUUACGACUCCAUAGAAAACUCGUGGACUCAUCCUCGGAGCAUGCCUUCUACAAUUAAGCUUCCAUUAACCCUGAAACACCGCUCACAAGCUGUCUCCAUUGACAACUUUGUUUACUUCAUGCGUUCGGAUCCUGAAGGGAUUAUGUCCUACAACAUGGUCACUGGGAUUUGGAAUGAGUUUAUCGUUCCCUCUCCGCGCCAUCUGACAGACCAUACACUUGCAGACUUCGGGGGCCGGCUCAUGCUCGUGGGGUUGUUGACGAAAAAUGCUGCCACAUGCGUGUGUAUAUGGGAGCUGCAGAAGAUGACUCUCUUAUGGAAGGAGGUUGACAGAAUGCCAAACAUAUGGUGCUUGGAGUUUUAUGGAAAGCACGUUAGAAUGAAUUGCUUGGGAAACAAAGGGUUGCUCAUGCUGUCCUUAAGAUCAAGGCAAAUGAACAGAUUGGUUACGUACGACGUGACGAGCAAGGAAUGGUUGAAGGUUCCCGUGUUGCCUCGCGGGAGGAAGCGACAAUGGAUAACAUCGGGUACUGCAUUUUACCCUUGCCCAACUGCUGUGGCUUAACUUAGCUUUUGCAGACAUGUACACUCAAUGGACGAAGUUGGUUGUUGUUUUAACGUGUGUAAGCUUUAUGUCUUACCACGCUUGCCCUCUGUGCUACUGCUUUUCGUGAUCUUGUAGUUUUUACUUUUGAUGAACUAGAUUUCCCAAAAAAUUAGACCUU